GAUAAUAAUUAUAUUUAAUACGAAGUAUUAUUUGUAAUAUGAAUUUAAUAAGAAUAAGUUUGGAUAGGCAAUGGAAUGCCCGACCAGAUUCAUCUCUCGCGGACGAAAGAAUACCGCCACCGUAUAAACAACAACAGCACGUCCAGAUACGGACGAAGCAUGAAUAGCACUCGGUAAUUGGGAAAAUGCAGCCGAAAUGUAACCGGUAAAUCCGGUGCAAGCUUUUACUCCUCCCACAUUUUUUUAACAGCAAUCCGCCGUAAAAAAAGUGGCUCUUAUAAAAUCCAGCUCGGUUAAAAAAAAAACGCAAAUACUGCCUCAGACUUCCAUCUCUUCUUGACUUCUAGCUCAGUAAUAUCUCCGGCGGAAAAGUGAGAUGGCCACGGAUGCAGCGGCGGCGGAGUGCGCCAGAGUGGGCGGCGCCGGUGGGUGCUGCAAGAAGGGGCCGGGGUAUGCCAGCCCUAAGGAAGCCAUGAAAGGACCCAGGGAGUCCCUCAUUUAUGUCACCACCGUCUAUUCAGGAACAGGAAGGAAGAAUCCCGACUACCUGGCUACUGUUGACGUUGAUCCUAGUUCACCAACAUAUUCUAAAGUAAUCCACAGGCUACCAAUGCCUUAUUUAGGCGAUGAACUACAUCAUUCAGGAUGGAAUUCUUGCAGUUCUUGCUUUGGUGACCCAUCUGCUUCUCGUCGAUAUCUUGUCCUGCCCUCACUAAUAUCUGGGCGCAUAUAUGCAAUUGACACAAUUAAGGAUCCAAGAGCUCCCAGUCUGCAUAAAGUUGUUGAGCCAGAUGAGAUAAUAAAGAAGACUGGGUUGGCCUAUCCACACACUGCUCACUGCCUUGCCUCUGGUGAUAUUAUGUUGUCAUGCCUGGGUGAUAAAGAUGGAAAUGCUGAUGGGAAUGGUUUUCUUCUACUUGAUUCGGAUUUCAACGUGAAGGGAAGGUGGGAAAAGCCAGGGCACAGCCCGCUCUAUGGGUAUGAUUUUUGGUACCAGCCUCGGCACAAGACAAUGAUAAGCUCGUCUUGGGGAGCUCCCAAGGCCUUCACUAAAGGCUUCGAUCUUCAGCAUGUUUCUGAUGGGCUCUAUGGUCGCCAUUUGCAUAUCUAUAGCUGGCCUGGUGGUGAACUGAAACAGACACUGGAUCUUGGAGAUACAGGGCUUCUACCCCUUGAGGCAAGAUAGGAUUCCUUUUUUUUCCAACUAU